AUGACAUUCAAUUUUUUUACAACAUUAUCAAAUGAUUUUUCAAAACUACUUGAUAUAACAGAUUUUCGAGAUGUUGUUAUACAAGUUGGAGAACAAGGAAAUAUAAAAACUUUUGAAGCACAUUCAAUAAUAUUAUAUGGAAGGUGUAAUUACUUUAGAGCAGCAUUAUCACAUGGAUGGUCAAAGAAAAUAGAUAAUAAAUAUCAAUUUAACCUAGUAGAUUUGAAUAUUACUAAUGAUGCAUUUGAGGUAAUACUAAAUGGAAUAUUUUGUCAAGAUUAUUACGAUGAUCUAAACAUGUUAUUACAACUUUUAUUAGCAACGGAUAUUUUACUUGUUAAAGAAUUAUUCGAUUUUGUUGAAGAAUUAAUAAUUUUAAAUAAAUCCACAUGGAUAAAGGAAGAUUUUAUUACAGUUUUAAGAGUAUUACUUCAGAUUUCAGCAGCAACCAAAUUAAAUUUAUGUUAUUUAAAAUUGACAUUAAAUAAUAUUUUACCAUUAAUUAGAUUUUUUAAUAUGACACCAGAAGAUAUAGAUAAAAAGGUGGAACCAUAUCAACAAAUUUUACCAAGCAAAGAUUUCUUGAAACAAAUUCGAAUGUAUCAAAAUAUAAAUAAAAUUCGACCAAAAACAUCAAUAAUAUUACCACCACAUGGAUCAUCACUUGAUUCAAUGUUAAUAAAUCGGAAAAUGGCAGGAUUAAUUGCAACGUGGAUAGAUAAAAAAGAUUUAAUAACAAAUAAUUAUGAACUUUAUAAUGGAAUAAAUAUGCCAUAUAAUUUUAAAUUACUUUAUCGAUCCAAAUCUCAUGGUUUACCUCCAAGUAGAUUUUAUCAUAAAGGGGGAGCUACAAUUACAAUAAUGAAGAUGAAAAAUACAGGAUAUUUAUUUGGAGGAUAUGAUCCAAUUGAUUGGUCCUUGUAUCGUAAUUCAUCUUUAAGAAUAGAUAAUGAUAUUGAAUAUUAUGAUUCAGUAGAUAUAGAAUCAAAAAAGAUAGUUCAAAAUUUGCAGUUGGAUUUAGUUGUCGAGGACCCUGCUAAAGAUCCUGACAAAUUAUAUAUCACUUUGAUGCAAAAAUCUUAUGAAAAACCUAUAUUAGGAAGAUGUUAUGGAUUUGAAAAAAUGAACAUUGAAAUUUCAGAAAUGGAAAUAUUUGAAAUUAUAAAAUCAAAUAAUAUUUAUACUAUAUUAAGUGUUUUUCGCGUUAUAUCAUUUAUUUCGGCUCUCACAAUUGUUCUUAGUUAUAUUGUAUUACCGAAUAAACGAGAGCAUCCAGCUGUAACAGUAUUAUGUUUUAAUUUAAGUUUGUUAGUUUUCUUGGGAGUAACAUUUUUUUAUAUCGGAGAUCAUAGAAAGGUACAAUGUGCGAAUGAUAUUACUCAAGCAAAUAUUUCCAAUAAUCUUUUAUGUGGUAUUCAAGAAAUUUCGUUUGAAUUUGGAGCAGUUUGUUUAGUUUCUCCCCAAAAAGCUGAAUUUUUUUUUUGGACGCCAUUAGCAGUAUUUGUUGUUUCGGGAUUUAUUAUUCAUAUUUUAACAUUUAUACAUAUCGCUAAAUCUCAAUGUAUGUUUUUUGAACAAGAUUUUGAUGAAAGUACUUUUAGUACUUCGGUAACAACCACUAGUAUCACCAAAAAAGAAGUCGUCAAUGCUAUUAAAAUACAAUGGCGUGCUUUGAUGUUAGCUUUAAUAUUAAUAUUUACUUUUAUGGUUUUUUGGGUUUAUAAGUUUAUAACCCUAGAGAAACUCGCACCUUUAAUUUCUAAUGAAAAAUUUCCAGCUUGGAUUGAUCAAUGGAAAUCAUGUUUAAUAACUGCCAAUUCAUUAUCAAUUAAUGCUCAAAAUUAUUGUUCUUCCAUUUCAACACCUCAUGUUCCAAGUUUAUCACUUAUUAUUAUAGCAGAAUUUUUAACUGCAAUAUUGGGAAUAAGCAUAUUUAUAAUUUUUGGCUCUAGUAUAAAUUUCUGGAAUGAAUGGAGAUUUUGGUUUCAUAAUAAUCGAAUUGGUCAUUUAUUUGAAAAACAAUCUCAAACAUCUCAAAUUUCUAAAUCUGAUAGCACGUGGGUGUGA